AUGACCAGCGAGCUGAAGGAUCUUAAGAAGCAGGAGAGGCAGAUCAAAUCAACGUUUGACGGUGUUAGAAAAUUUCUGGACCAGUUCAAGGCAGAAAAGCAUGCAGCUCAAGUUGCUACCCGUCUAGAAAUGCUCGAGGCUGCAAUGAAGAAAUUCUACACCGUGCAACGCAAAUUAGAAAUUGUGCAAGAGGAAGAAGAUGAGGAAACCAAAGAAACUCCAGAGCAGCGUAGCGAACGACAACAGAAACGUGAUGAUGCCAGUGCUGUGUUGAGCUGCUUUUUCGAAGACACCUACUGCGAACUCAAGGCUAGUUUGAAGGCACUUCUUCCUAUUGAAGCUGAUGUCAUCACACCUCCUCAACCCACUACUCUUCCCAGCAGCCUUCCGGGAACUAACUCUCGUGUAAAGCUGCCUGAGAUUAGACUGCCCAGCUUCGGAGGUUUCACCCGUGAGUGGGUUACGUUUCGGGAUACUUUCCGUAGCUUGAUCCACUUGAACGAUCAGUUAUCGACAAUGGACAAGUUCACGUAUCUCCGUUCGUCGUUAGUUGGAGAUGCCUUCCAGGAAAUCGGAUCGGUUGAUGUAACAGCAGCAAAUUAUUCCGUAGCGUGGGAUCUGCUCCAAAAACGCUACGAGAAUAAAAAAUUAAUAGUAAAGGCCCAUCUCGAUGCUUUGUUCAACGUCGAACCUAUAAAGCGGGAGAGUUUUGAGGCUUUGAGUCAGCUGAUCAGCGAAUACGAUCGCAACCUGCUGCAGCUUGCGAAGAUUGGUGAGGAGACCGACAAUUGGAGUACUAUUUUAGCUUACAUGGUGUGCUCAAGACUCGACUCCAGUACUUUGCGCCUUUGGGAGGCUCAUCAUGCAUCGAAAGAGGUUCCUACUUAUGAUGAUUUGAUGGAUUUUCUUCGGCAACAGUGCGCAGUUUUGCAAUCCAUUGCACCUGCUAAACCACAUUUGAACGAGCCUAAGCAUCCCCGGUUUUCUGUCAGCCACACAACGGUCAAGUCACCCAGUCGUUGUCCAUUCUGCGGUAGUGAACCACAUUCGGCCUUCAAAUGUCAAAAAUUUCUCAAGAUGAAACUUCCAGAGCGGCAUGAGACGGUGAAACGACAUGGACUGUGCUUCAACUGCUUCUCUUCGUCGCACAUGCUUCGUGCCUGCACCCGUGGAAACUGCCGUCAGUGUCAACACAAGCACCACACCCUGCUGCAUCCAGUGAGAGUGAACAGUGCGCCAGUUCCGUACAAUCCACAAGUGCCGAAUCGACCAUCAAAUCCCAUCAACCAACAACAACAACAACCACAACCACAUGCCCAGAACACGACCACACCUACCCACCAGCGAAGUUCACAUUCAAGCUCGUACCCAGUAACACUGCAAAGCAACCCACUACACACCACAGACCCUUCCAUCGAUACACAUGCUUUACCUGUUAACACCUACACCUCACUUCAUCAAGUUCUUCUUUCCACCGCCUUGGUGCGCGUUACUGAUCGCCAUGGGAAUUUCCUUUUGGCUAGAGCACUUCUUGACUCGUGCUCGGAAUAUUGUUUUAUUUCCACGAACCUUUAUCAAAAAUUGAAUCUCGUUGAAGCUUCUAGCUUCCUGACUGUUGCUGGCAUUGGUGGUUCGGUGGUUCAGUCCAACAAACUAGUCAAAGCUACUAUUCUGCCGAGAGAUCAUUGUAUUUCGUCCUACGUGGAGAUGAUUGAUCUUCAUGUUCUUCCGAAGCUCACUUCUACGCUUCCGACUCAAGCAGUUAGCCUGAAUAAGCUGAAAAUUCCGGCAGAUAUUACUUUGGCAGAUCCAGAUUUCCACCAGCCAGGACCGAUAGACCUCAUCAUUGGAGCGGAGCACUACUACGAUUUGCUUGAGGAUGGCCGUAGAAAACUGAACGAGAACGGCCCGACGAUGCAGAAAACUGUCUUCGGUUGGGUUAUUUCUGGCCGAGUACCCGAAAGCACCUCAGUUGGUCCACGAUCUGCUGCCUAUCCAUGCGCAAAUGUUGAGCUACGAGAUAUAGUAACAAGAUUUUGGGAAUUGGAAUCCUGCUUUUCCAAAAGCUUGUUGUCGGUGGAGGAAUCUGCUUGCGAGGAGUUCUACGACGAAACGACCUACCGAGAUGCAGAUCAACGCUACGUAGUUUCAUUGCCCAAGAAAGGCUACCUCAUCGACAAACUCGGAGACUCCAGAGCCACAGCACUUCGAAGGCUCGAAGGUCUUGAACGACGUUUAGCGAGAGAUUCAGCGUUGAAGCAGCAGUAUUUUGAGUUUAUCCAAGAAUACAUCGACAUGGGCCACAUGAUCGAGGUCAAGGAGGAGGCGAAUCAGCUGGCAUACUACAUGCCCCACCAUCCUGUUCAGAAACCCGACAGCACCACCACCAAGUUGAGGGUAGUCUUCGAUGCUUCUUGUCGAACAACUUCUGGGGUUUCGCUCAACGAGGCACUUAUGGUUGGCCCAGUAGUGCAGGACGACCUGCUAUCUAUCGUUCUUCGGUUCCGGUUUCGCAAAAUCGCAAUUGUGGCAGAUAUUGCGAAAAUGUAUCGUAUGGUGCGCAUGAAUCCAACUGAUCAACCGCUUCAGCGUAUCCUGUGGAGAUUCUCACCAGAAGAACCUGUGAAGUCGUACCAGAUGACAACGGUCACUUACGGAACUGCAUCAGCGCCAUACUUGGCAACCAAAUCCCUCCAACGUUUGGCCCAGGACGGUGAGAGCAGCUAUCCAGCAGCAGCAGCAGUGAUCAAGAAGGAUGUUUAUGUCGAUGAUCUGAUGACAGGAAGUGAUGACCCAGAAGAAGGUGCCCAGCUGGUAUCAGCUGUCAAUACUUUGACCAACUCUGCAGGAUUCAUUCUUCGGAAAUACUGUUCGAAUAGUCCUGAAAUAUUGUCGAAAAUCUCUCCAGAGCUGCGAGACGAAAGGACAACACUUGAGCUUGAUUCGUCGACAGCGACAGUGAAGACGUUAGGAUUACUGUGGGAACCAUCAUCGGACAGCUUCAAAUUCGCAGUGCCAGUCUGGAAUUCUGAUGCUUGUGUCACGAAAAGAUCCGUUUUAUCCGACAUUGCUCGUGUUUUUGACCCUUUGGGAUUAAUUGGACCAGUAGUUGUUCAGGCAAAAAUAUUUUUGCAACAAAUUUGGAAGCAUAAGUCUGAUUGGGAUGAUCCGCUUCCAGACGAUAUGAAGAUUUUCUGGGAGGAGUACCGCCGCAAUUUGAUUGCUUUAGAAUCGUUUUCUGUGCCCAGGUGGACGGGCUAUCUCAACAACUUGACCAGUGUAGAGCUCCACGGUUUCUGCGACGCUUCAGAAGCCGCAUAUGGAGCAUGUAUCUACCUUCGCUGUACAUCAGAUAAAGGGUCAAUCACAGUUCGGCUCGUCACAGCAAAAUCUAAGGUAGCACCCUUAGAAGAUUUGGCUCGCAGGAAGAAAAAGCAAUCGAUUCCCAGAUUAGAAUUAUCAUCUGCCCUUCUAUUGGCCCACCUGUACGACAAGCUGCGGCAAAGUAUUCCAUUCGCGAUCUCUGCGUAUUUCUGGACCGACUCCAUGAUUGUCAAGUACUGGCUCGCUUCACUUCCAUCCAGAUGGCAAUCAUUCGUGGGCAACAGAGUGUCGGAAAUACAACACAUCACCAAAGGCGGAAUUUGGAAUCACAUCUCAGGGACAGAGAACCCAGCAGACAUCAUCUCCAGAGGCAUGAGUCCGGCGCAGCUGCAAUACCAGUCACUGUGGCUGGAGGGCCCCAGUUGGUUGAAAUUCGAUAGAUCCGCCUGGCCAACAAUCGUUGAACACCCAUCAGAAAUCGACAACUCCCUGCUCGAAGAAAAACCAGCAGCAGCUUUGCCAGUUCAAGCUCAUCCACCAAGUUUUAUAUUCGAAUUGCAUUCUUCGUUGCCACGUCUUGUUCGAAUUGUUGCUCUGCUGCAAAGAUUCAUCCACAACUCAAAGAAGCGGAAUCGUGAUACCAAACGCAUCGGCCAAGUAUCACUGGAAGAAGUUGACGAAGCUUUGCAAGCACUAGUGAAAUUAUCCCAAUGUGAGACUUUUCCCGAGGAGCUGAAAGCUUUGCGCACGAACCACGACAUUAGAACAUCAUCCCCCCUUUCUUCGUUGAAUCCUGUGCUCGUGGAUGGAACAAUGCGCGUCGGUGGCCGGCUGCGCCAUGCUGCUAUUUCGGAAGACAGGCGACAUCCGUUCAUUCUACACCCGAAACAUCCUCUGACCAAAACCAUCAUGCGUCACUAUCACCUGAAGAAUUUUCAUGCGGGACAGCAGCUGUUGGUAUCGACAGUUCGCGAGCGGUUUUGGCCAAUUCACAUCGACAGUUUGGCUCGCAAGGUGAUAUUUGAAUGCGUGUCAUGCUUCCGGAACAAACCUAAGGUGCAGCAACAACUGAUGGCAGAUCUCCCUCCAGAACGGGUGAAUCCGGAUUUUGUUUUCAACAAGGUCGGCGUUGAUUUGUGUGGUCCCUUCUACAUCAAAUAUCCAGUUCGGAAAACAGUUCCAAUUAAAUGCUUCAUAGCCAUUUACGUUUGCCUGGUUACCAAGGCGGUUCACAUGGAAAUUGUCGCUGAUCUGUCCACCCAAUCCUUCCUCGCAUCAUUCAAGCGCUUCACUGCUCUUCGGGGCACUCCCAAAUUAGUAAUGUGCGACAACGCCAAGAACUUCGUCGGCGCUGAUCGCGAGCUUCGAGAGUUGAAACAACUCUUCGUUGACCAACAAUUCCAACGCACCGUGAUCACCGAAGCCGAGGUAGAUGGCGUUGACUUCAAAUUCAUCCCUCCCCGUUCUCCCAACUUCGGAGGCCUAUGGGAGGCGGCCGUCAAAUCAUUUAAGCGGCAUUUUCGUAGAACCAUCGGCAACAAUCCUCUUACGUACGAUGAGCUUCACACCGUAGUCCACCAAAUCUCUGCCAUCUUGAACUCUCGGCCUCUAACUCCACUUAGCAACGAUCCAGACGACUACCAAGCACUUACUCCAGGACAUUUCCUAGUCGGCCGACCCAUGACUGCAUUCCCAGAGCCUGAUCUUCAAGACCUUCCACUUAACAGACUGUCUCUGUGGCAAGAAAAGGAAAUGUACGUGCAGCGGAUCUGGCAAAGGUGGUCUACAGAAUAUCUGUCCAAUCUACACAACCGUACUAAGUGGACCAAGAAGCGCAACAACAUACACGUCGGAACAAUGGUGCUGAUUAUGGAGGAAAAUAUGCCGAAACAAAGUUGGUGCCUAGGCCGUGUUAUCAACUGCAUUCCUGGCCCAGACGGACACGUCCGGGUAGUGCUGGUGAAGACCAAGGAUACCACUCUCAAACGGGGAAUUUCGAAGAUCUGCGUCCUUCCAAUACGGGACAACUUCGACGAACUACCAUCGCAGGAGCACUAG